AUGCCGGCCCCAGUGUGGGAUGCCCAUGGGUGGCACAGGGUGGGGAAGCUCCAGCCCUGGCAGGGAAGGGGGUUCGUGGUGGGUCACGCUGGCUUGUACCAAGCUCUGGCCAUGUUUGCAGUGGCCUAUUUCAUCAUUGGCAUGACGGUGCUGUCUGUGUGUGCCAUCGCCACCAAUGGGGCACUGGAUGCCGGAGGAGCCUACUAUAUGAUCAGCCGUGCCCUGGGCCCAGAGUUCGGGGGCAGCAUCGGUAUCAUGUUUUUCCUGGCCAACGUGUGUGGCAGUGCCCUUUACGUGCUGGGGCUGGUGGAGGCAGUUGUGGACAGCUUUGGGGUGCCACCUGGGCAAAAGGUGGGCACGGGCGUCCAUGUCCUGCCCCAGAGCUACUGGUAUGAGCUGCUCUACGGCACAGUCCUGCUCGCCUUGUGCCUCGUGGUGUGCCUCGUGGGCGCCUCCAUCUACGCCAAAGCCACCUUCCUGAUCUUCCUCAUCGUUGCGGGUGUGCUGGGCACCAUCCUCAUCAGCUUCUUCUCCACGCGGCCCAUUGGGGUGCCCAUCCGCCUGCCACACUUCAACGGCUCAGAGACCGAGAAUGGCUCCUUCACAGGCUUCUCGCUCACUACCCUGCGAAAUAACCUGGGUGGCGGGUACGGGGUGGACUACACCACGGGGCAGAUGAUGAGUUUCAGCUCCGUCUUUGCGGUGAUGUUCAAUGGCUGCACUGGCAUCAUGGCAGGCUCCAACAUGUCAGGGGACCUGAAACGCCCGAGCUACUCCAUCCCGCGGGGCACCAUCUCUGCCGUGCUCUUCACCUACCUCGUCUACAACCUGUUGGCUUUCCUCAUGUGUGCCACCUGCAACAGGAUCCUUCUGCAGAAAGAUUAUGGCUUCCUGCGUGACAUCAGUAUCUUCCCACCCCUGGUCACAGUGGGCAUCUACGCUGCCACGCUCUCUGCAGCCAUGAGCAACCUCAUCGGGGCAUCCCGCAUCCUCUAUGCCCUGGCCCGGGAUGAUCUCUUUGGCCGGGCGCUGGCGCUUGCCAAGAAGACAUCUGCCAGUGGGAACCCUAUCAUGGCUGUGAUUCUCUCCUGGCUGGUGGUGCAGGUGGUGCUCUUCUCUGGGAAGCUCAACACCAUCGCGGGGGUCGUCACCACCUUCUUCCUCCUGGUUUACGCUACCGUCAACCUGGCCUGCCUGGCACUGGAGUGGGCAUCGGCCCCUAACUUCAGGCCCACCUUCCGGUACUUCACCUGGCACACGUGCCUGCUGGGCAUCGCGGGCUGCUGCGUCAUGAUGUUCCUCAUCAGCCCUGUGUCGGCCACGGCGAGCCUGGGCUUCCUCCUUCUCCUCCUCCUCGCCCUCCACUACCUGUCGCCCAGCAGCACCUGGGGCUACAUCAGCCAGGCCCUCAUCUUCCACCAGGUGCGGAAGUACCUGCUGAUGCUGGACGUGCGGAAGGACCACGUCAAGUUCUGGCGCCCGCAGAUGCUGCUGAUGGUGCAGAACCCACGGGGCAGCGCCCGCCUCAUCGACUUUGUCAACGACCUCAAGAAGAGCGGCCUCUAUGUCCUGGGCCAUGUGGAGCUGCAGGACUUAGGCCUCAUGCGCACGCCUAAGUAUGCACACGUGUUGGCAUACGGCCCCGUGACCUUCCCGGGCAACGCCACCCAAGUGUCGGAUGAGUAUGUCUGCGCCGCCAACAAACUCAUCCUGGAGCAGAGUCCCGCACCCGCCGUGCGCUUCCUCUACCUGCCCCGGCCCCCCGCCGAUACCGGCCUGUACCCGCUCUACCUGCACCACCUGGAUUUGCUCACCCGGGACCUGGGCCCCACCGUGCUGGUGCACGGGGUGAGUGCCGUCACCAGCACCCAGCUCUAGAGGACACUGGGGGACCCCGUCCCCAGCACUCGUAGCUCAGGGAUGGGCACCGUGCCCGCUCCGGACUCCUGGGUUCUCAUUCGGCCAGUGCCUUUAAUAGCCCGAGGCUGGGCGCCAGGGCAGCGGGGUGGGUGCCCCCCACCAUGGGUGCCCCGUGGCUGGCAGUGACUCCUGCCUGGCUUAGGUGGGCCAGCUGGAGGAGCCAGUGCCCUCUCCUGGCCGUGCCAGGGGCUGGCAGUGUGGACACGGGUUUGGGGGCGGGGGGGCACUUGUGUGUACCAAGGCCCUGAUAGGUGGCACAGAAUUAAAAGUUGCCCUGGCAGGACCCAGGCACAGCCCUGGCACUGGCCAGGCAAGUCUGUGAAUUAACAGUGCAUCUUCUUUGGUGUGGCAACGGGCCGUUCCUGUGGAGCGAGGGGCACCCCGGUCCUGGUGGGACCCAGCAGGGUCCUGGUUGAGCACUGGGUGCAUCGGUUUCCCCGUGGGAGCCCCUGGGCCAGUGGGAGAUGCAGCCCAGCUGGUUUGGGGGGCUGAUGGGGAACUGGGGCUGUCUGGGCCUGUUGUUGGCACCCGUGGAAGACAGGUCGUACCCGGGGGCACGUGCCCCCUUGUCUUUGAAACCCCUAGUACCUCUCUGCUGGGGUGGGUGCUUGGCCCCUUGGGGGUGCCAGGCUCCCUGUGCACCUCUUACCCACUGCCCAGGUGCCCUCCUGGGCCUCCGAGGUAGGAUUAUCUCCUCCCGCGCCUCCCCCAUUGCUGGGGCAGCCCCACUACGCUGGGGGCCCAGGUGUCCGGGAGUCAGACUUGGGUGGAGGCUGGUGCCUGGCGCGAGCCGAGUUGUGCUCAGUCAUGGUGUUAGGAAGCUCGUGUGGCCGUGGAGCCGGGAGGGAGGUUAGCUGAGUUUGGGAAGGGAAAGGGUAGCGGGGCUCUAACCCCGAGGCUGCGCUGUUGCAGGGCACGGCCCCCACACGCACCCCGCAGCAGCCCCCCAUGCCUUCCUCCCGCUUCCCCCCAG